GGUGAACAUUAACUGGGCUGCGGCAGCCACAGUGACACAGCAGCAUGGCCACAGCCAACGACAGGGCCGUCCUGCAGACCAUCUUCAACCCCAGCACCCCUUUUGGGGAUAUCCCAGGGUUGGAUGAGGAGGAGGAGGAUGUCCAGGACGAGGUGGAAGCUUUUCCGUUGGAGCUGCUGGAUCAAGUGCGGGAGCUGGAGCUGCAGGGCGUUUCUGCGGCUGAGUCAGGAGACAUCAGCACGGCCCUGGAGCGGUUCAGCGAGGCCAUUCGCCUGCUGCCCGAGCGCGCCUCGGGCUACAACAACCGGGCCCAGGCGCUGCGUUUGCGCGGAGACGUGGCAGGUGCCCUGCAGGACCUGGACGCUGCCAUACGGCUGAGCCGCGGCCGCGGCCGCGCCGCCUGCCAGAGCUUCGUGCAGCGCGGCCUCAUCCACCGGCUGCAGGCGCGGGACGAGGACGCCCGGCGGGACUUGGAGCGCGCAGCGCGCCUGGGCAGCGCCUUCGCCCGACAGCAGCUCGUGCUCCUCAACCCCUACUCUGCGCUCUGCAACCAAAUGCUCUGCGAGAUGCUCGGUCGGCUGCGCAACCCCGAUGGGGCCGGGAGCGACUGAGACGGGCAGGAGAUGGGCUGGGUAGGGCCGUGCUCCUGAGCUGGCCCAGGCAGACACGCCCAGAAAAGGUCCGCCUCAGGUGCCAGAGCUCCUGUGCCUCCCUCUGGCUAACAGCCAGCGACGGGAAAGCACCAAAGCACCUUGCUGUGUGUGUCUCGCUCUGCUCAACCCCGAAUAAAGCUCCCUCUGUUCCCAGCA